AUGGACCCUGGCAACUUGCCCCUGCUUUGCCUGUGGUUACUGUGGGCCUUGGGAUCUGGCCCAAGCUGGGUAUGUGGUCAAGCAGCCACCCAGCCGCACUCAAUCAAGAUAGAAGGGGACAUCACGCUAGGAGGGCUGUUCCCAGUGCACGCCCGGGGCCCAGCCGGAGUGCCAUGUGGGGAAGUGAAGAAAGAGAAGGGGAUCCACCGGAUGGAGGCCAUGCUUUAUGCUCUGGACCAGAUCAACAGUGACUCUGACCUGCUCCCUAACAUGACGCUAGGGGCCCGCAUCCUGGACACAUGCUCCCGUGACACCUAUGCCUUGGAGCAGUCACUGACUUUUGUCCAGGCACUGAUCCAGAAGGACACUUCUGACGUCCGCUGCUCCAAUGGUGAGCCACCCAUCAUCUCCAAGCCUGAGCGCGUGGUGGCCGUCAUUGGGGCCUCUGCCAGCUCUGUCUCCAUCAUGGUGGCCAAUGUGCUUCGCCUUUUUGCUAUCCCCCAAAUCAGCUAUGCCUCCACCGCACCUGAGCUCAGCGACAGCAACCGCUACGAUUAUUUCUCCCGCGUGGUUCCUCCAGACUCCUACCAGGCUCAAGCCAUGGUGGACAUUGUCAAAGCGAUGGGCUGGAAUUACGUCUCCACACUGGCCUCUGAGGGCAACUAUGGCGAGAGUGGUGUCGAUGCCUUUGUGCAGAUCUCCCGUGAGGCUGGUGGAGUUUGUAUUGCCCAAUCCAUCAAGAUCCCUCGAGAACCCAAGCUGGGUGAGUUUGACAAAUUGAUCAAGAGGCUCAUGGAGACUCCCAACGCCCGCGGCAUCAUCAUCUUCGCCAACGAGGAUGACAUCAAGCGAGUGCUGGAGGCUGCACGCCGCGCCAACCUGACUGGGCAGUUCUUGUGGGUAGGUUCUGAUAGCUGGGGCUCCAAGAUCUCUCCUAUUCUGAAGCAGGAGGAGGUUGCCGAAGGAUCCAUUACCAUCUUACCCAAACGAGCUUCUGUUGAAGGCUUCGAUCAAUACUUCACCACACGGUCCUUGGAGAACAAUCGCCGCAACAUCUGGUUUGCUGAGUACUGGGAGGAAGACUUUAAAUGUAAACUGACUCGUCCAGGGUUGCAGCCUGAUGAAGGAGCACGGAAAUGUACUGGUGAUGAGCGGAUCGGACGAGAUUCAACAUACGAACAGGAAGGGAAGGUGCAGUUUGUCAUUGAUGCUGUCUACACCAUGGCCCACGCGUUGCACAACAUGCACCUGGACCUCUGCCCAGGCCACAUUGGUGUAUGCGACAAGAUGGAUCCCAUUCAUGGCCGUACUCUGCUGCACUACAUCCUUGCGGUCAACUUCAAUGGCAGUGCUGGGACACCAGUGAUGUUCAACGAGAACGGAGAUGCUCCUGGCCGCUAUGACAUUUUCCAGUACCAGUUGACAAACACAACAGUCCCUGGGUACAAGGCUAUUGGGCAGUGGAUGGAAUACCUGCGCCUGAACAUUGAUGACAUGCAGUGGUCAGGCGGUCAGAAGGAGAUCCCUUCCUCGGUGUGCAGCCUGCCCUGCAAUCCAGGCGAGAGGAAGAAGAUGGUGAAGGGAGUGCCUUGCUGCUGGCACUGCGAGCUAUGUGAUGGCUACCAGUACCAACUGGAUGAGUUCAACUGCAAAAUGUGCCCCUUUGAUAUGCGGCCCAACCUCAACCGCACGGCCUGUCUCACAACGCCCAUUGUCAAACUGGAAUGGAGCUCCCCCUGGGCCAUCCUGCCCAUCCUCUUGGCCAUCCUGGGCAUCCUUGGCACCAUCUUCAUUGUGAUCACCUUCAUCCAAUUCAACAACACGCCCAUCGUCCGAGCCUCAGGCCGCGAGCUGAGCUACGUCCUGCUCACUGGGAUUUUCCUCAUCUACUCUAUCACUUUCUUGAUGAUUGCCGAGCCUGGUGUUGGCAUCUGCGCCUUACGGCGCCUCUUCCUGGGCUUGGGUAUGGCCAUUAGCUAUUCAGCUCUAUUAACCAAAACCAAUCGCAUCUACCGCAUCUUUGAGCAAGGCAAGAAGUCGGUGACCCCACCCAAAUUCAUCAGCCCCACCUCCCAGCUGGUCAUUACGUUCAGCCUAAUUUCAGUCCAAGUAGUGGCUGUGGUCAUCUGGCUGGGGGUCCAGCCUCCCCACAGCAUCAUUGACUAUGAAGAGCAGCGUACACCCAACCCUGAGUUUGCCCAGGGGGUCCUCAAAUGUGACAUGUCAGACUUGUCCAUCAUCUCCUGCCUCAGCUACAGCAUCAUCUUGAUGGUCACCUGCACCGUCUAUGCUAUCAAGGCCCGUGGCGUGCCCGAGAACUUCAAUGAGGCCAAACCCAUUGGCUUCACCAUGUACACGACCUGCAUCGUCUGGCUGGCCUUUGUGCCGAUCUUCUUUGGCACAGCACAGUCGGCAGAGAAGGUUUACAUUCAGACAAUGACGCUGACCAUCUCCAUGAGCCUGAGUGCUUCUGUUUCCCUUGGGAUGCUCUAUGUGCCCAAGGUCUACAUCAUCAUCUCCCACCCGGAGCAGAAUGUGCAGAAGCGCAAGCGCAGCUUCAAGGCAGCAGCCACGGCCAUCAAUGCCUCCACGAGGUUCUCGCAGAAAGGGGCCCAGAAUGGCGAGAGCAAAGAUGAGAACCCGGAUAGCCUCUCUAAGGUGAUGUACAUCAGCUACACAGAACUGACAAUGGUGCCCACAUGACUGAAGAAGAGG